AUCACCUCAAAUGAGAAAGCCCCCCGUCGCCCUCAGUCUCAGCAGCCACCCACGACCCUUCCUCAGCCACCAUCCCCCCUCCACGCCUCCGUCGCCGGCCACUCCUCGGCAACCCAUCUCAGUCGCGCUCCGCGUCACCUCCCUCGCUCCCGGUCGUGCCACAGGCUUUCUCUACUGUGCAGUGCACACAUAAUACUCUCUCCACUGAACUCCAUCUCCAUCAAGAUGGCUGCUGCUGGGAUGCCUCGCUGCUCUCUCAAGUACCCAAGGCCUUCCUUCUCUCAUAAAACCCUGCAAGAUCCUCGCUUAAAUAGCCUCUUUGUGAUUGGCCACACCUCAAAGCUGAGUUUUGUGGGACAAAAUAAAAGAAAAUUUGUUGCAAAGGCCAGAUCUUUAUCUAAUUCUAAGUUGAAUUCCAGGUCUCCUGUGUCCAUUAGAAAGAGUGAUGAACCAAUCAUUGUCAUUGACAAUUAUGACAGUUUCACUUACAACCUUUGCCAGUAUUUGGGAGAGCUGGGUUGUAAGUUUGAGGUUUACCGGAAUGAUGAAUUGACUGUGGAGGAAUUGAAAAGCAAAAAGCCAAGAGGAGUGCUUAUAUCCCCAGGACCAGGUACACCCCAGGAUUCUGGAAUCUCUUUGCAGACUGUUCUUGAACUGGGGCCCAUGGUUCCACUCUUUGGAGUAUGCAUGGGUCUACAAUGCAUUGGGGAGGCCUUUGGAGGGAAGAUUGUGCGUUCUCCUUACGGUGUGAUGCAUGGAAAAAGUUCCCUUGUGUAUUAUGACGAGAAGGGAGAAGAUGGCUUAUUUUCUGGAUUAUCAAACCCUUUCACUGCUGGUAGAUACCACAGCCUAGUGAUCGAUAAGGAGAGUUUUCCUGGUGAAGUUCUGGAGGUCACAGCAUGGACCGAAGAUGGACUGAUUAUGGCCGCUCGUCACAAAACUUACAAGCAUCUACAGGGUGUCCAAUUUCAUCCAGAAAGCAUCAUAACCAACGAAGGCAAGACGAUUGUUCGUAAUUUCGUCAGAUUGAUUGAGACCAAAGAGGCUGAAGCUCAGAACUAGAGGAGGCGUCUGUUAGAGAAAAUUUGCUUUGUUAUUCAAUUUAGUUGGCUCGGUAGACAUUCUACUCCUUGUAUUAUCCAUCGGGGCUAGCCUGUUGAACCAUUCUGUUUGAUCUCCAUCUGGGCAUAAUUCUCGCUUUGAAGAUCUAUCGAUCAACUUCUUGAUAC